CCGAGUCUGUCGUCUGCAUUCUGUCUCACAGUUGUGCGGAUGGCGCACAGCCUUCUCUCACAUUGGUCAUAGAUAAGAAUAGUUUCCCAAUGUUACAAAGAGCUCUUCGUUUCCCGUGUAUGCAUCGUAUUUGCGCGUAUACAGGAUUAAGAAAGAAUAAAAGACUCUUCCGACAGGCCACUUUGGCAUUUUACUUGUGAGGUCUGAAAACGCCAUGCUAUUGUCAUGAACUGUUUCAAGAGAGAGCGUUAUAUACUCGUUCUUGCAGUUGCUUUAUAUCUUUUGACUUGCUAUAACAUUUACCGAGCGCUGGAUGCACAUAUCGUGAAAGAAAAUAAAAUCCUGUUGCCAACUUUGGAAAUUAGACUUGACCGGAAUGGUUCAUGGCAUAUUUUUAGAGAAGACUGCCAAGAACAUAAUGUUGUGAAACACAGCCAUGUGUCAAAGGAUUAUCCUCAAUUGACAAUACAUAGAGUCGAUUCUAGGGCUUGCCAGCAUCCUAAUAACACAGGAGACAAUGGAGACAAAGCUGCCAUUUAUGUUGAGAAAGAGUGGCCUUCAAUAGAUCUAGGUUACCCACAGUAUGUCUACACUGUAAGUGGUUGGAUUCAAGUAGUUGAGGUUGCAUCCUAUACUGCCAAGCCAGCACUUCAUGUCAUUGUUGUGCCUCAUUCACAUCAAGAUGUUGGAUGGCGUGAGACAGUUGAUGCUUGCUUUUCAAGUCAUGCAAAAAGCACUUUGUCAAAUAUGGUCACCAAACUGGAGGAGCAUCGUAAAUGGAAAUUCAUUUGGGCUGAAACUGCAUUUUUGUCUCGAUGGUAUGAUGGUGCUUCUGAUACUGAGAAGCAGUCCCUAAAAAGAGCCAUAUCUGAUGGACAACUGGAAAUUGUGAGUGGAGGAUGGGUCAUGUCUGAGGAAGCAUGCAUUCAUUAUGCACCCAUGCUGGAUCAGCUUAUUGAAGGACAUCUUUGGCUUAACAGUACUCUGAACGUAAAGCCCACAAGCAGCUGGUCAGUAGAUCCAUUUGGUCAUUCACCAACAAUGGCAUACCUCCUGAAGGGUGCUGGGAUUGACAAAAUGGUGAUCCAGAGAGUACAUUAUGCAAUUAAGCGACAUCUUGCACAGUCACAAAAGCUAGAGUUCAUCUGGAGACAAAGUUGGGAUGUCCAUGGAUCAUCAGACAUACUGUGUCACAUGAUGCCUUUUUUGACUUAUGCUGUAUUAUACUCUUGCGGGCCUGACCCACAUAUAUGCUGCCAGUUUGACUUCUACAAAGACAAAUGUUUUCGAGGUUCAAAGGUUAUCAAAAGUGAACCAGUCACUGACAACAACAUCAAGAAACUUGCCUGGGCCCUGUGGGAACAAUAUCAGAAGAAAGCACAGCUAUAUAACAGCAAUGUUCUGCUUGUACCUCAUGGGGAUGACUUUCGAUAUGACACCAUGCAGGAAUGGGACAAGCAGUUAGGCAACAUGGAGAAAAUAAUGGCAUUUAUGAAUGCUGACAAGGACAUGAACAUAAAGAUAGAGUUUGGAACCAUAACUGACUACUUCAGGACCCUUGAAGUGGACAGAAAACAGCACAGUAAAUCGGAAAACAGUGUUAUGCAGAAUCACAUCCUGAUUGGGGACUUUUUCCCAUACAAUGAUAGAGAUGACCAGUACUGGACAGGUUUCUAUUCAAGUCGCCCACUAUACAAAUUUAUGGCCCGUACACUUCAGGCCAGACUAAGAAUGGCAGAAAUAUUUUAUACCCUGACGCUGGGACACCUCCUUAAAAGUCACAACAACAAUCACUUACUGCUGCAGCUAGACAGCAAACUUGCUGACCUUCAACAGGCUCGUCAUGCCCAGGCUACUUUCAUGCACCAUGAUGGCAUUACAGGCACAUCUAAAAAAGAUGUAACAAAAGAUUAUGCCAGUUUACUGCAGAAAGCACUGUCAACUGUAGAAGAACUACUGAAACUUCUACUUGCUAUUACUGUGCCACAGGAAGAGGAUAGUUUAAAAUCUCACAUUAAGAUGGCUCAAGAAUGGCCAGUUGCAACAGCUCCUCCAGUGUUCACAGUGGCAAAUAUAACAACAAGCAUGGUGUUAGUUACAAACCCAUUGACAAGCACAUGGGUGUAUGCUGUUAAGAUGCAGAUAGCAGAUCCCAGACUGAGAAUUUUCACACUGGAUGGCAAACAAGUAAAACAGCAGGUGAAUCCUGUAUUUAACUGGAAGCUAGAGGUCUCACAGAUAGCCUUUGAGUUGGUGUUUGAGGCAGAAAUGCCUCCACUGUCGGUGAAAUCCUUCAGACUAAUGUCUGUACAGCAGGCUUCAAAAGAGUAUGCUUCACUCACCAUCUUAAACCUGGAUCAUAAUGUCUUUGGAAGUGGGUCACCAUUCAAAUCUGUCAAGUCAGUGGAGGAGUCUUUCGACAUAGAAAAUAGCUUCUUAAAGGCAACUUUUUCUUCUUGCAAAGGAACAUUGCAGCAUGUGAUGAGACGAUCAGAUGACCAAAGCAGCAAAGUGGAGAUAAAAUUCUUGAUGUAUGGGACAGGAUCCUGGACAAAUCCUUUUAAAGACAAAAGUGGAGCAUACAUCUUUCUUCCAGACGGACCUGCUAAGGAGCAAGAUAUUAAGUACCCACCUAUGGUUGUGCUGAAAGGGCCCAUCAUGUGGUCUGUGUUGACAGUUCUUCCUGGGGUACUUCAUGAGGUCACCCUUUAUAAUGUUAGCGGUUCCCUUGAUGCAGGUGUUCAUGUAAAGAACUUGGUGAAUUUAGCAGAUUCUCAAUGGGACAACAAAGAGCUUGUGAUGCGUCUGGUUUCUGAUAUCCACAGUCCUAAUGAUGAUGUCUGCGUGGAUUUAAAUGGUUUUCAGUUAAAUAGAAAACGCUGGCAAGCAGGUCGCCUGAUCCAGGGUAACUUCCAUCCUGUGAAUACCAUGGCAUAUAUAGAGGAUGGUCACCAGAUGCGCCUCACUCUUUUGAUGGAUCAGGCUCAUGGGCUUGCCACUCUCAAUUCAGGAUGGCUGGAGGUAAUUCUGGACAGGCGUCUUAUGCAGGAUGAUUGGAGAGGCUUAGGGGAAGGAGUUACAGACAAUGUCCCUACACCAAGCAGCUUUAUUAUUCUACUUGAGAAGCACACAAAGCCUGGAUUAAAGACUUACAUUGGAUCACCAUGCCGUCCAUCACUCUUAGCCCACCUUCUCUCAGAGCACUUGAGCAAUCCCCCUGCAGUUGCCACAUUAGAUUUGCCUGCAGAAAGCAAAAGUCCUUUGAAGUUUGACCGCCAGUAUUUACUUCCUUCAACCUUUCCUUGCACCCUUCACUUGGUUAACUUGAGGGCACUCGCUCUUGACAAGGAGGAGCAGACCCAAUCUGUCAGGGGUGCAUCUGCACUGAUGAUUUUACACCAGGCAGGCAUAGACUGUGGGAUAACUGAAAUAUACACAAAGUGUGAUUUGAAGCAAACAGUGGAUGUCAAAGGUUUCCAAGACAUCAGAAUAUCCAGGAUGGUGCAGACAAGCCUGACAGCAACAGUAGAAGCCAAAGAAAUCAGCCCAGGGGAUGUUAAUGUUCCUGAUAUGGAGCUAAGAGUGUAUAAGAUUAAUUUUUCCUAGCAGUGGCUAUUGUCACCUCAAGACCAGUCCAAGCAGUAUAAUAUUAACAUGUUAAACAGUUUAAGUGCCUAGUGUUGAGUGAUAAUGAAUUCAUUUGAAUGUCUAAUGUUUUACAUGAAAGACAUUUAACCUGCUUGGCAUUAAAUCUAAAAAUUACUUGGGCUUUGGAAACAGUUAAUCCCAAGCAUCAGGGAAGCGUUAUUUGACCCCAGAUAUGGCGUUAAGUACUGCUUGAUGUUAAUCAUUGUCACAAAAAUUAUAAGCCCAAGUAAUGCUCAUGCUAAUGCCAAGGAGAUGGAAAAGGUUUUGCUACACUGUGUAGUAGACAAUAUCUGCUGUGUUAUGUACAGUUUAUUUAUGUUUCAGUUUUGCUGUUGUUCCUCAUCAUCCGUAGUUUUCACUUUUUUCAUUGGCUGAACAAGUUCUAGUGUUAAUAAUUGUUGUGUACUUGAUUAGUGCUGAGAGUGUUAGAGUGCUAUACAAAUGCACACUGGUUAUUAUUUUCAUGCCUAGAAAACUGAAUGAGCUCACUUUGUUAUAUACAUUCAUUCCACUCAUUUCACUAAGCUUGAAUGAAAGUGAGAUAAAAUAUUGCCUCAUGACUGAAAUCAUUAGCGUGCAGUCAUUUUUCUUCUGUAUACAGUUUUUGAAUGGUUUGAUGUUCAGGGGAAUGGGAUGUUGAAAGUGUCAGUGGAGUUGAUUUAUGUGCCUUUUACCGAUAAAUGUCUGUGUGGUUUUCGUGCAUAUAUGUGUAUGCACAUGUGUUGCAUCUGUGCACAGUUGUGUGCAUUAAAGUUUAAACGAUUUUACUAUUUAUUUAGAAACUUCUCAAAAUGCGCAAAUGACGUAUGAUGUUGAUAUCUACAAAUGUUUAAUCAAUGGAAAGCGAUAUAUUGAGAACUUAUAACUGGGACCGGUAGUAGUUGUGUCGCCAAGUUGGAACAUUUACCAUCAAAGACUUACAACCUACUUACCGACAGCUGAUAAAGAAGCACAUUGACGAAGCACGAGCAUGCUUUCCCUUAGCUCUGCUUGUGCCAAGAUCUGUAGUAUAACGUCCAGACUGUAGCUACAGCACGUGGUUCAUAAUUCUUGUUGUAAUUGGAUAAUAAUUAAAUUUUUUAUCUCUA